AUGGGAUCUUCUCGAGCAGUUGUUCAGUCUCUUAAUAAGAACUUUACUAUCCCAGAUAAUAGUGGCUUAUUAGCCUAUUUUGCAUCAGAUUUGUUUUACUUUCACAAAAUUCUAAGGACUUCGUUGAUUGCCAAAUCUUCAACAACGAUUAUUUUCGGGGGUCAUUACAAUGUGUAUUUGCAGAGCAUUUUUGUACAUGAAAGAAUUUUACCUAUUGAUCCAGAGGCUUUUGCAAACUCUGGUGACCGAGGAACUAUAGUUGAUUUCGAUACAAGUUUAGUUUAUCUUGUCACCGAAGCAUAUGAAUCAGUUGUCAAUGCUAUAAAUGUAGUUGUUUCACCUUCAGCUAAGCAAUCACAUCAGCAGUCUUCCCAUGCUAUUUCAUUUCUUCAAGAGAACAUAGCCGAGGUGUUUCCUACAAUUUCUCUAAACUUCGCUGGUGAUGCAUCCAUGAAUUUAACACCAACAGACUAUUUCAAGGAUAUGGGUUUUGUUGAUGGUGCUGCUAAGUGGUGCAUUCACUUUAUAAGAAGGAAUUUAAGCUUAACAACUCUAGGAGAUAUUGUGCUUAAAGAUAGGAUCAUUGUAUAUGAUUUGGCUCGACAAAGAAUUGGUUGGGUUCAUUACCUGUGA